GUAAAAUUCAAUUAGACUCGUUUGAAGGAAGGAAAGGGAGGAGAGAAAUUCUGUAACAUCCCUAACCCAACCGUUCCUCGUCACUCCCCAAGUACUCCAGUUCUUUCCCCCCUGUACGGGCGAGCUCCAUGAAUGCGCUCCGACUGAGCUGCCAGCAGCUCCAGCAAUCUGGCCGUGCCACUUCCAAAGCCAUAACUGGGGUUGCCUCUUACUGUAGAAGUAGAACUUCUCCUCCCGCUCUCUCUUCGGCUCCACCCGACUCGUUGGCCAGUUGGGUAUGGAGGUCAGGCCCCUCUAUUGGAUUCUUCUCCACUGAACCAGAGCCCCCACCACCACAUCCUCCCCCUUCACUAUAUCAAAGAAUUGAGAGCGUUAGAGAUCCGAAAACCUCCAUAAUUCCGGUGCUCGAUCAAUGGGUAAGAGAAGGAAAUCCUGUUGGAGAACGGCUCCGAUUUCUGGUUGCGCGUUUGAAGAGUUACAAGCGCUUCCACCAUGCCUUGCAGAUAUCGAACUGGAUGUCUGCUCGUUGCAUUGUGCAAUUCUCAUCCAAAGAUGCUGCAACUAAGCUGGAAUUAGUCUACAGAGUUCAUGGACUAGCUGAUGCAGAAAAUUACUUCAACAACCUAUCAGAGAAAAUGAAGUGGAGAAAUGUGUACGGUGCACUUCUCUCUAUCUACGUACAAGAGAAAUGUGUCGAGAAAGCGGAAGCAGUUGUGCAGGAAAUGAAAGAAAAAAGUAUGGGCUGCUGUUCUUUUCCUUUCAACCUGCUCAUCAGCCUUUACUAUCAAGUCGGAGAUUUUCAUAAACUCGACCCUUUACUCGAACAGAUGCAGAAAGAGGGGAUUCCCUAUGAUAAGUACACAAGAAACAACUUGAUUUCUGCUUAUUCUGCUGCAUCGAACAUACCCCGGAUGGAAGAAAUCAUUCAUCAGAUAGAGGAGAAUCCUCUCGACUCUGGUGCUGUCUCUUGGGAUGUGUAUACAACAGCAGCAAGCGGGUAUUUAAAUGUCGGGUUGACCGACAAGGCCUUGGCAAUGCUGAAGAAAGCAGAGGAAAAGAUGCCCAAGCACCGGAGGGCCACUGCUGUGGAGUUUCUGCUUACUCUAUACACUAAGGCUGGUGAUAAAGGUGAGGUGCAUCGAGUUUGGAAUGCAUAUAAGCCAACCCAUGAACCAUUUGCUAUUCUCUACGCCUGCAUGAUUACUUGUCUUUCAAAGCUUAAUGAUCUCGAGGGAGCAGAAAGCAUCCAUGAAGAGUUUGAGUCUAACUGCAGUGUAUACGAUUUCCGCGUACUGAAUAAGCUACUGGUAGCUUACUGCAAAAGAGGGCUCAUGGAGAAGGGUGAGUCUGUUUUGGAGGAGGCAGCAGAACGAAGAGUGUGUUACGCAAGUUCGUGGCAUAUAUUGGCCAGUGGAUACGUGAAUCAUGGUUUGAUGGGGAAGGCUGUUGAAAUGUUGAAAAGGGCAUUGUCGGUUGGUAGAAGAUCCUGGAGACCAAGUCCUGCAAUCUUGGAUUCCUGUUUCGAGUACUUGGAGAAACAGGGAGAUGUCGACGGAAUGGAGGAACUUGCGCAAUUGUUGAAGGAAGAGGGGCCCCUUUCCCGUGAAUUAUAUCAUAGAUUUGUCAGGACAUAUAGAAGACUUUUUUGA